GAUCGCCGCACCGGCGAUUCGGUGCACACCGCCGCCCUCCUCCUGCCCGCCUCGAGGAUUCGGUGCGGCAGACGUACGCGGACGUGACGCGAACCCCUAAAAUAUUCCACUUGUCUCCUUCAAUCACGGCCCCCUCGCCGACCGCGCUGCAGUGCACGCCCCCUCCUUCCUUUCCCUUUCCUUUCCUCCCGAGGUGGAGCCGUAGAGUGUGGAGCAGACGCCGCACAGAACCUUCGCCUCACCGCCACUGGAGCGAGCGCCUCCGAUUCCCCACAAAAAGAGGAAGCGAAGCACCCGCGCCUCCAGAUCGAUUCAUCGAUCACCAGGUCUCCCCUUCUCCUGAGCCCUGACCAAAUCGAUCGACAGUGCCGGGGGUGGUGGCCGGUGGGGGGCUGUUCCGCCGCCGUGGAGACAGACAGAGAGAGAGAGGCUCGAUGCCGACGUGGUGGGGGGCUGUUCCGCCGCCGGGGUACCCGGCCGGGCACGGGCAGGCUUACGGCGGCCAGCCGCCAGCCGCGCCGCAGCCUCAGGCCGCCACGGCGGUGGCCGUGACCGCGGCGAGCAACGGCGUGGGCAACCCCUACGUGAUGGUCACCCCCGCGGCCGCCACCCCGUCCACCUGCCAGACCGUCAUGAAGGCGCUGGGCCGGUACGGCAAGCUGCUUGAGGACGGCACCCGCAAGGCCGCCGACGCCACCGGCAACAUCUGGCACCACCUGCGGACGGCGCCGAACAUGGCGGACGCCGCGGUGGCGCGGCUGGCGCAGGGGACCAAGGUGUACGCGGAGGGCGGCCACGACCGGGUCUUCUACCAGACGUUCGGCGCCAUGCCCGGGGAGCAGCUCCGCAAGGCCUACGCCUGCUACCUCUCCACCUCCUCGGGCCCCGUCAUCGGCACACUCUACCUCUCCACGGCGCGCCUCGCCUUCUGCAGCCACAGCCCCGUCUGCUACCAGGGCCAGGGGCAGGGCCCUGCCGGCCAGCCACUCGAGUGCAUGUACUACAAGGUGGUGCUUCCCCUGAGCCAAGUGAAAACAGUGAACCCUUCUUCCAGCAUGCGCAACCGGGCCGAGCGGUACAUCCAGAUCACGACCAUGGAUAACCACGAGUUCUGGUUCAUGGGGUUCGUGAACUACGACAAGGCUCUCAAGAAUCUCUACGAACCUCUGCAGCACCGCGAUGUCCACAUCCACCACACCACCACAGCUGAACGUGCUUCGGUUUGAUCCUGCUACUACUGCACUGUACCUGUACUUCAUUCAUGAUGAACCGUGACAUUUUCUAUCUUGAGCUGCUGUUCUUGAAUAAGACGAACACUGAAAAAUCCCUGCUACUAAUCUGAUCAGUGCAGAACGCUGAAUAUAGAUAAAAGCUUUAGCUGCAUCUCACAAAUACAUUUACUUGUUCCUGGAUACAGUAGCAUUUACCUAUAGUUCCCAUGGCAUCAGCCUCUGCUAGCUCUACAUUUACAGAGCUGCAACCCACCUCCACCUCGCUUACAAACCGCAACUUGUCAACAUCUAGCAUAGUGCACCGUAUAAGCCGCUGUUUCCGCAUUCUUCAUGUACAAUGACAUUUGGUGUAGCAUACAAACAUGUAUAUAGGGCUCGGCAGGGAGGCAGC